UUUUCAGAAUGAAAGUGUUACCCUUGGAACGGAAUCUUGAAACGCCACCUCAUCUGACUACACGUCUUCUUGCAACGUCCGUAGUUGCUACGUUUGCCGGUGGUUUUCAUUUUGGAUACUUGAUCUCGGCAGUCAAUCCGUUAUCUGAAAUUCUCCAGCAAUUCAUAGUAGAUAAUUUACAAAAUCGUUAUUCAUAUGAACUCUCAUCAUCUCAGCUUUCAUUGAUAUGGUCUUCUCUAGCUGGAUGUUUAUUUAUUGGAGCCAUGAUUGGAGCAUAUAUUUCAAUUUUCCUAUUACAAUCAAUUGGGCCACGAAAUAGUCUUCUUUUGGCUGCUAUUUUACAAUUAUUCUCUGCGCCAGUAUUUGGUCUGGCAUAUUCAUUGAGAUUAUGUGAACUUUUACCUAUUUCGAGAAUCCUUUCUGGUAUUGCAUUUGCAAUUGGAAUAUCUGCACAAGGUGUAUUUUUAACAGAGAUUAGUCCAGCCAAGUUCCGUGGUUUAACCAACUCUCUUAGCGGUCUCAUCGGAAAUUGUGCAUUCCUCUUAGCAGCAACUCUUGGAACCCCAUAUGUACUAGGAACAGUAACCCAGUGGAAAUAUAUUUUUUUUAUUGAAACAAUACCAUGUGUACUACACAUUUUGGUAAAUAUCACAACAUUCCAUGAUAGUCCUACAUACUUACUAUCAAUCGGAAAGAUUUCUGAAGGAGAAUCGGCUAUAAAAGUGUAUUAUGGUGAAACAUGUCAUAUCAAGAAAAUUAUGGAAGAUUUGAGAAUUAUCGAUAAUGGAGUGAAAGAAAAGAGCCUUCGACAAAUUUUGAAGGAUAAGGGAUGUGCACAAGCAUUGUCACUUGCUGUUGCUAUCAACUUUUCAGUAGCUUUUAGUGGUAUUGUUGCCAUCUCAUUCUUCGGGACGUUUUUAUUACAAACAAUUGGAUUUUCACCAGAGGGAUCCGCAGUGGCAAACAGUUUAUGCAGUUUUGCAUCGAUAGUUUCAGCACUACUAGCUGCCAUAGCUAUGGAUAAGAUUGGCCGUCGUCCACUUCUUAUCACAUCUCUUUUAGUUCUUGCUCUUAUAAAUAUUUUUAUGAUGUCCCUGGUAUUCUUAUACGACUCUACGAAAGAUUCAUUCCUCGCUUGGCCAUUUUUGGCAUUAUUUGUAUUAUUCACAUUUGUUUUUAGCAUUGGAAUUGGACCGGCUGCAGUCUUCAUUGGAGCAGAACUUGCUCCACCUGGAACCAUUUCUAAAAUGCAGAGUUAUAGCACUUCCGUACAAUUUGCCGGAUCUUUUAUUUGUCCAAUCAUUUAUCUCCAACUAGUCGAAUCUAUUGGCGGAUUUGCAUUUAUGUUAUUUAUUGUUCCACUUACAAUCACAGCAGCCUAUUUUUAUAUGUACCUUCCUGAAACCAAAGGAAAAUCUCCGGUGGAAAUAUAUGGGCUUCUUCAAUGAUAAAUAUCACGGUUUUUACUUUUUCCUAUGCUUUAGAUUUCAUCAAAGUUACCGGUGUUCUUUAAAUAUUCUCAAAAAAAUAAGUAAACUGUAGUAUACAAA